GGCUCGUCUUCCAUCUGACAUUGGCUGUGAAUAAUCCAUGAGUUUUUUUAAUCUUUCUGCUGGAGGUACACCUCUCUCAACAACCAACACAAUUCUAGCCCACUAAAUCUUGAUGUCAUGAUCCAUGGACACUCAUUAUUUUGGCCUUGACACAAACAGCAUGCAACAUCACUGCAAAUGCUUUGCCAAAGAUUAAAUCAUCGUUACACCUAACUGAACAUACGAAUCGAUGAUCAAGGCCAAUGGGAGUGAUGCGAAUUUCGAGGAUAACAAACAAGUGGAUAUAUUAUCCAUCAAUAUAAAUAAAAAUAUGACACAAUUUAAAAAUGCAAGUUGAAAUUAUUAUUCAAAUGUAACAAACAUAAAAAUUUAAAUUUACAUUAUAAAAAUUAUUUUACUUUUUAGUAUGCUGAAAAAAAAUUAAUCUUACAGUUAACUUGAUAAAUAAUAUAUGAAAAAAAUUGAGGUAAACAUAAAAAAAAAAGGUAAAUUGACUUUUUGAAUGUUUACAUUUUUGAUAAACAAAAGCUUGGCAAGGUGUGUGUAUUUGUAUUUAUGUGAUUCAGUAGGCAAUCAAAAGAUAGAAAUUAUGUAAAGAAAUAAAAAUGCGCUUGAUAUAAUUGUGAGGCAAGUUAUAUUGCGCGGGAAUAAAAGGACGUAACGUCUCGAGUGGUUUUAAACUAAAUUGUGAUACACAGUCUGGCUUUGAGUCUUAGUUUAACUUGAGCUUACCUCGAGUAAUAUCAACUCAUUCAGUGUAGUUUGUGCUUUCGAGCUGUUAGCAUAACAAGCUCAUUAAUUAAUUAUCAAUUUUAAAUGUCAAAAAUUACCAAAAAUUUUAUUUAUUAAUUUAUUUGAAAAUUACAAAAAAUCUAUUCAUUUAAAACGUUUAUUUUUUUUAGUGAUAGUCUGUUUUUAUUUUAUUGUCUUUAUUAUAAUUUUUUAAUAAUGUCAAACAAAUUUUAUUUACCAGGAGUGAUGAUAAUAUUUUCACUUUUUUUGGUGAUUAAAUUUGUCAAUGGAGAUCCAGAUUUUUCAGGGCUACCACCAGGACCAUACUGUGCCAGAUAUAAUUAUGGAUACUGUUGUCCAGGAAGAAAAGAUGAUUGUAGUGCUCCAAUAUUAAAAACAACAUGUUACUGUGAUGAUUUUUGUAACAGAACGAGAGAAAGUGAUUGUUGUCCAGACUACUGGUCACACUGUCGAGGAAUAAAUCUUCCUGAUCCUGAUGGACCAGAGCCAAUUAGAGAAUGUUUUUUCAAUAAUAAAUACUUUAGUCAUGGUCAAACUUUCAAACAAAACUGCAACACUUGCAAAUGUUCAUCACUUGGUUUACGUGCUGAAGUUUUAUGUGAAGAAAAUCGUUGUUUAAUAGAAAAUGAUCUUUUAGCUGAAAUAAAUAGUCAAAGUGAUAAUUUAAAUUGGCAUGCUGGUAAUUACAGUGAAUUUUGGGGUAGAACAUUGAAUGAAGGAAUUGAAUUACGUCUUGGUACAUUAAAUAAUUCAAAAACAGUUAAUAAAAUGAAUCCCGUUAAAAGAAUUUAUGAUCCUGAUUCAUUGCCAAGAGAAUUUGAUGCUAGAUUAAAAUGGCCAAGAGAUAUUUCUGGUGUUCGAGAUCAAGGAUGGUGUGGUGCAUCUUGGGCUCUUUCAACUGUUGAUGUUGCAUCAGAUAGAUUUGCAUUAAUGAGUAAAGGUUCAGAAGAUAUUGAUCUAAGUGCUCAGCAUUUAAUAUCUUGCAAUAAUAGAGGUCAACAAGGAUGCAAAGGAGGAUAUCUAGAUCGUGCUUGGCUUUUCAUGCGUAAAUAUGGAUUAGUUGAUGAACAAUGUUACCCAUGGAUUGGAAAAAAUGAUAAAUGUAAAAUUAAAAAGAAAACAAAUCUUAAAUCAGCUGGUUGUCAACGAUCAACAAAUUUACGUCGACAUGAAUUGUACAAAGUUGGUCCUGCUUAUCGUCUAGGAAAUGAAACUGAUAUUAUGCAAGAAAUUAUUACAUCAGGACCAGUUCAAGCAACAAUGAGAGUUCAUCAAGAUUUCUUUGUAUACAAAAGUGGAAUAUACAGGCAUUCACGUCUUGACAAAAAUUAUCCAUAUGGAUACCAUUCAGUGAGAAUAUUAGGCUGGGGAGAAGAAUUUGUGGGAAAUCAACCUCCAAUUAAAUAUUGGAUUGUAGCCAAUUCAUGGGGAUCAGAAUGGGGAGAGAAUGGUUUAUUUAAAAUUCAAAAAGGCAUUAAUGAGUGUGAUAUCGAGUCAUAUGUACUUGGUGUAUGGGCAAAAAUAGUUUAAUAUAAUAAAUUAAUUUUUUAAUAUAAUAAUUUAAUAUUUUAUACACAACAUAAAGCAUUUACUGAUAAAUUAAUUGAUCAUUUAAUUAAAUCAGAGCUUAAAACAAUCAUGUAUCAUGUAUCAACAUAUAUACAUCAUCCUGAUUUUCAAUCCAGAAAAAAAAAAAAAAAACACGAGCAGAUCUAGUCAUGUAUUUCAAUGUGACUCAACAUAAAAAGAUUUGAUCAUCUGACUUUUUUUCUUUCUUGAAUAAUCCACAAGUACUGUUACCAUAUCAACAUACAAAAUAAAAAUAAUAUUAAAAAAACCAUUAAAUAUUGAAUGUAACAGUUAACGUUAAUUAUAAGUUUGCCAGUUAUCAU